CUCGUCCACUUGAAGGGGCGUUGGGUUUCCUUGAGGACCAGUGUGAGGUUUGGAAAAGUCAAGGGUCUCGAGUUUGCACCAGAAACAUCCAACCAUGUCGGACGCGGUGGUCAGUUUCAUGAAGGACUUUUUGGCCGGUGGUGUCGCCGCUGCCAUCUCCAAAACUGCUGUCGCUCCUAUCGAGAGAGUCAAGUUGUUGCUGCAGGUCCAGCAUGCCAGCAGACAGAUCACCGCAGAGAUGCAGUACAAAGGCAUCAUGGACUGUGUGGCCAGGAUCCCAAAGGAGCAGGGCUUCAUUUCCUUCUGGAGAGGCAACCUGGCCAACGUGAUCCGUUACUUCCCCACCCAAGCCCUCAACUUCGCCUUCAAGGACAAGUACAAGAAGGUCUUCCUCGGUGGAGUGGAUCAAAAAACACAGUUCUGGCGCUACUUCGCUGGUAACCUGGCAUCCGGUGGCGCAGCUGGUGCCACUUCGCUCUGCUUCGUCUACCCUCUGGACUUCGCCAGAACAAGACUCGCCGCCGACAUCGGCAAGGGCACAGCAGAGAGAGAGUUCUCCGGUCUCGGCAACUGCCUCUCCAAAGUCUUCAAGAGCGAUGGCUUCAAGGGUCUUUACCUCGGCUUCAACGUGUCAGUUCAGGGCAUCAUCAUCUACAGAGCGGCCUACUUUGGAUGCUUCGACACAGCCAAAGGCAUGCUGCCAGAUCCAAAGAACACGCACAUCGUCAUCACCUGGAUGAUCGCCCAGACUGUCACUGCUGCAGCUGGUAUCAUCUCAUACCCCUUCGACACCGUCAGACGUCGCAUGAUGAUGCAGUCUGGACGCAAAGGAGCUGACAUCAUGUACACGGGCACAAUGGACUGCUGGAGGAAGAUCAUUAAGGACGAGGGAUCAAAGGCCUUCUUCAAGGGUGCCUGGUCCAACGUGAUCAGAGGCAUGGGGGGUGCCUUUGUGCUGGUGCUGUAUGACGAGAUCAAGAAGUACACAUAAUAAACUCUCUCAUCUCCGAGUGCCGAAGGAAACCUUCUCUUUGUUUGAGUCUUAAAUCUUGUGAUCGGGCGAUAACAGCUUGUGGUGAAUUACAAUGUGGAUACGUGUUCCUCUGCAGCAGCCCUGGGAGGAAAGGUGCAUUUGACCUGGGUUUAACAUGCCUCCCUCUGUAUAUAUCCCAUCUAUCCUGUGCAUCAUCACAUGUCCAAUCAACCACCGGUCACUACCCGCCAUAUGCUCCUCAUGUUAGUCAGUUUGUGAAGCAGUUGCUGAGGCCAUGUAAUAUUGUGUUGUGACCACUCUGACCCAUGUAUCCAACCUCAUACACUAUUUUAUUAAGAAUAAAAAUGUAUUAUUCAA